CGCGCUCCCCCUCCCCCCUGCGUGUCAUAUGCUAUCACCCCCUCUCCUCCCACCUCCCCGGUCCCUCUAUCUCUCCCUCUCUUGCGCCCACAUUCGCUCACUUUCUCCACCAGCAGGCUUCAAACACGCUGCAGGAUGUCCAUAGUGAAUAUUGUUGCCAGGGAGAUCCUGGACUCCAGGGGCAACCCAACUGUGGAAGUGGAUCUGCAUACUAGCAAAGGUGUGUUCAGGGCUGCUGUGCCCAGCGGUGCAUCCACUGGCAUCUAUGAGGCUCUGGAGCUCCGUGAUGGAGACAAGACUCGUUACAAGGGCAAAGGUGUGACCAAAGCUGUUAAUCACAUUAAUGACACCCUUGGACCUGCCCUCAUAAAGUCUGGAAUCAGUGUGUUGGAGCAGGACAAGCUGGACAACACGAUGAUUGAGAUGGAUGGCACUGACAACAAAUCUAAGUUUGGGGCCAAUUCUAUUCUUGGAGUAUCGCUGGCCAUAUGCAAAGCUGGCGCAGCAGAGAAAGGUGUCCCCCUGUACCGUCACAUCGCUGAUCUAGCAGGAAAUGGUGACCUGGUGCUCCCAGUUCCUGCUUUUAAUGUGAUCAAUGGGGGCUCCCAUGCUGGUAACAGGCUGGCUAUGCAGGAGUUCAUGGUACUUCCUGUUGGGGCGGAGUCUUUCCGUGAUGCUUUGCGCAUGGGGGCGGAGCUCUACCAGACUCUGAGAGGUGUCAUCAAGGAGAAAUAUGGUCAGGAUGCUACAAAUGUGGGAGAUGAGGGCGGGUUUGCUCCUAAUAUACAAGAGAACAGUGAAGCCCUGGAGUUGAUCAAGACGGCCAUAGAGAAAGCUGGCUUCACAGACAAAGUGGUGAUAGGGAUGGAUGUUGCCGCCUCUGAGUUUUUCAUUGAGGGCAAGUACGACCUGGACUUUAAGUCCCCGCCCAACGCCGCCCGCAACAUCAGCGCUGACGAGCUGGCCAGCAUCUACCAGGGCUUCAUCAACAACUACCCAGUGGUGUCCAUUGAAGAUCCUUUUGACCAGGACGACUGGCCGGCCUGGUCACAGUUCACAGCCUCAGUGGGCAUCCAGGUGGUUGGAGACGAUCUGACGGUCACUAACCCACGCAGGAUACAACGAGCCGUGGACGACAAGGCCUGCAACUGCCUGCUGCUUAAAGUCAAUCAGAUCGGCUCCGUUACCGAGGCCAUCAAGGCGUGUAAGCUGGCCCAGGGGAACGGCUGGGGUGUGAUGGUGAGCCACCGCUCAGGGGAAACAGAGGACACCUUUAUAGCCGACCUGGUGGUUGGACUCUGCACUGGACAGAUCAAGACUGGAGCUCCCUGCAGAUCAGAACGUCUGGCCAAGUACAAUCAGCUCAUGAGGAUUGAGGAGGAGUUGGGUGAGCAGGCCCGUUACGCUGGGCACAACUUCCGCAACCCCAGCGCCCUUUGAGUGCCAGUGUCAUUAGCAGUGGCAGACAAGAAAAGCCUGCAUACAUUAAAAAAAAAAAUAAAAAUCAUGUUAUACUUCCCCGGCACAUACAUAGUAAUUACAUAGUAACACUCAAAACACACUUUAAAGCAUUGAGACUAAUUAGUUUUCCACAACCGUAAAGAUAAUGCACUGUGGCUACAGUAUGUUGACCUCACGCUUCAGUAACUGAUUGACUUAAUUGACUACAGCCAGUUGCAGCAAAGAAAAAAAAAA